ACUGUAACGACGAAUACACCGACAGCAUGAGAGAUAUAACGUGUUUUAACGUGACGAAAGAUACCGAAAAAUAUAUCCAUUCGCUCAAGGACAUAAUUUCAUAACAAAUCAUUGCGUAAGCCAAACAUGGAUGAGAGGAUAUAUUUUUCGAUAUCGAACGGCGAUUUUAUGUGAUUUUUGUUGUUGUUUUUUGAUUUUUUUCUCUCUUUCGUUCUGUUCUGUUGUUGACGCAUUUUAUGCAAAUUUUUGAGAUCUUCUUGCGAAUGGUGUGAAAUCGAAAUGUUUGUGUUGAUGUAAUUGAAAUGAACUCGAAUGCAUUUGUUUUUUCUUCUUCGUCAAUUUGAAUUUGAAAGAAAAAACGGUUUUUUUUCGUGGACUUUGAUUUUUGUUUUUCGUUUAUUUUGUCUAAUCUAAACAUCGAUAGUGUCAGCAGAAAUAACCUUUUUUUCGGUGUGCACAUUUUGUGCGAUUUACUCAUUAGCAGAUUUCAGCAAAUCUUGUUACUCGCUAAAAGCAUCAAUUCAUACUUAACAACAGUUAACGCGAUCGAAGCUCAAAGCGAAAAAGAGUAAGAGAAUAAAUUCCGAAAAAAAGAGAAAACGAACAUAAUCUAAAAAUAGCAAACGAAGAUAAGGAAAAGUAGCGAAAGACAAAUUAUAUACAAAUCAAAAGGCAUUUUGUGUAAACAAAGCGGUAAAACGCAAAAAAAAAAUUCUUCAGACACAGACAUAACGAGCGCGCAUAAGAUGUUAUGAUUCAAGUCAAAUUGAAGUUAAACAAGUGUUGCUUAUCGAAUUAAGAAGAUUCAGAAGAACGUAAUAAACCGCGAAUACCAACGCGUAAAUUAAGUAAACGAACCGGUACAUACCGAAACAAGCAAGACAGACAGACAGAAAAACAACACUUUGAACAUGUGUGCAAUUGUAAAUGUGGUGUUGCUGGCGUUGAUGAGCCUGAGCUACACGGCAACGGCAUCAACGCUCCUGGAUAAAAUUAAAGAUGAUCCCGACUUAUCUCAGUUCUACGAUUUAAUCGAACGGAAUAAAAUAGCGAUGUCAAAUUUGCAGCUUCGGUCUCUCACAAUAUUUGCUCCAACCAAUGAAGCCUUCCAAAAGUAUAACGGAGCUGCCGUUCAAGUUCAGUACCACAUGUCGACAACGGCGGUAACGUUGGAGCACUUGGGAACGACAAUUACAUCUGACUUUGAUGGAACACCACCACUCUACAUAACGAAAUCGCGGAAAAAUAAUCAGGACUACAUUUAUGUGAACAACGCUCUGGUCUUACGAUCCCGUUCAAACAUCCAAAUGGUGAACGAGGCGGGUAAAAAGCAGGUUUUACACGUGAUUGAUGAUAUACUGACGCCAUUAAUGGCAAAUCCGGCCACAUCCAGCGAUAUAAAUAAUCCAGAUGCUUUUCAAUUCUUAACCUAUUCGGAUAACUUGGAUAUUGGCGGUCAUCGAAUUCGGUCUUAUCGUCAGCGUGUUAUUGCUAACACCAAAGAGUUAGUUUACCAAGCGAACGGCGGUUUUACAUUCUUCAUUCCGGUGGAGGAAGGCUUUAAGCCACAUCCACGUCCGGAUCUUAUUGAUAAGAAAGUAAUUGAUGGACAUAUUAUUCCAAACCGUGUUGUGUUCACUAAAUCAGCACCCAUCGAACAGCCAUUCGAAACGCUCGCAUUCGAAGAUAACAUCAAAGUUACAAUUACGUUCUUUACACAGGGCGAGGGCAAGAAUAUGAAAACUUAUGUAAAAUCAAAUACGGUUGUCGGAGACUCAAAGCACUCAACAGGUGUAGUAUUAGCUGAAAUCGUACGCGCAAAUAUACCCGUGAAAAAUGGCGUCGUUCACUUAAUUCACCGUCCGCUAAUGGUAGUUGACACAACUGUCAAGCAAUUCCUUGAGGAGAAGGAAGAUGGUCCUCUUUUCAAAUUCUAUGAAGUAAUUAUGGAUGUCGGCGGUGAAUUCAUGCAAACCGUUAAUUCAAUGAAAGAAAUUACGCUGUUCGCACCGAGCAACGAAGCUUGGAGCGAUCCAAUGGUGCAGAAUAUCAUUAGAGACCGAAGCCGAAUGCGAGACAUUCUCAACUUGCAUCUCGUCCGGGACCGUUUAAAUACCGAGCGCAUUCGACAAGGAAAUCUCCACACGAUUCUCCAAAUUCCGACUGCAGUGGAUCGACGAAAUUUAUAUUUCAACGUUAUUACGAAUCGCGAGGGCAAUCAAACAGUCACAGUUGAAGGUGCUGGCGUAAAUGCGACACUAAUUCAAGCUGAUAUUGCACAGAUGAACGGCUAUGUACACAUUAUCGAUCGAGUUUUAGGUGUUCCAUUCGCAACGGUAUAUGAUAAACUUCGCACCGAUCCAAUGCUCAAUUCGACAUUUGUCAUGGGCCAAAAUGCAGACUUUAAUUUGCAGUUGAAUGACACGAGACGACGAUUCACCUACUUCGUACCAAGAGACUGGGCAUGGCAACAAACUCAAACUGAAUUCCCGUCAACGCAUAAAAAGCUAUUUAUGCCAGACUUCUAUUAUCAUGCUCGCUUGGUUUUGGAAAGACAUUUGGUUAUUUCGGACAAAGCCUUCACCAUGGCGGAUCUUCGUCAAAUGGGCAAUGAUUCGAUAGUUUUGCCCACCAUACGUGACGCACUCACCAUUCGUGUUCGUGAAGAUGGAAAACGCUAUUCCAUUCAGUGGAAUCAUCGAAACAUCCCCGUAUUUCGGCCAGAUGUCGAAUGUACAAACGGAAUUAUUCAUGUCAUUGACCAUCCAUUUUUGGUUGAUAGUGACGUUCGUGUAACAGCUGGAAGCAGCCAACCAUUCAACGGAAUCCGAACAACAGCAAUUUUACUUGUUGCAAACAUCGUAAUGCUAAUCGUUGCAAACAAUUUGGUGUAAGCAAAAAGAAAACAAACUUCAGACGUAAGGAUCGUGUAGCGUAAAUAAACAGAUACAAAAAAAAAUAAAUGAAGAAUGACAAACAAGUAGAACACUGAAAUGGAAGAGACAAAAAUAAAAAUGAAUAUUAUGAAGAAGAAAAAAUAAACGACAAAAACUGCAAUCACGAUAACAAUAAACGUGUCAACAACUACAACUACAGCAACAACAACAGAAAAUAUUCUCUUUUUGUUUCGUUCAUUGGCGAAAAUAUUCGAAUGAAAAGUGAUUGGGAUUAAUUUUACUCAGUUCUGAUUUUAUGUAAUAUGACUUUUAUUUAAAAGAAGAAGAAAAAAAAUAGCAGUAGAAGAGGAGAAAAAGAAGAAGAAGACGCAAGAGUCGAAUUUUGAUAUUCAUUAGAAGUUCUUUUCAACAUCAACUGCUCUUUCGACAUCGAUCGAAUGCCGUUGAGAAUGAACUUGGGAACGAAAGCAAUUUGAAUGCUAUUUGAGUGGUUUGAAAUGCAGACCCUAUCAUGCAUAUAACUCGGUCGGGGACUAUAUAGACUAUUCGCAACUGCGGCUCAUUUAAAAUUGACCACUACACAAAACAAUACUAUCACAACUUGCACAUCAACAGCAGCAGUAGCAGUAGCAGCAGUCCAACUGAAUGCUUCAUUGAAUAUAGAAGAUUGAAAUAUGCAGCCAAUUCAAGUGAACGCCCUGAUUUUGAGGACAAUCGACGGUAUGGGUUUCGUGUUUCUCUCUCUCUCUCUCUCUCUCACCCUCUCUCUCUUCCCAUUGAGGUUGCAACCACACUUGAAGAACCAUAAGUUGAGAGAUAUUUUACCAUUGAAGUCAUGUUCAUUUUCUCAUACUUCAUUCAAACACUCCUUUGAGUUUAAAAUUGAGUUUGUUUGAUUUGACAAAUUCCAAAGUAAGCUUCAAUUAUAAUUCUAUCCACAUAAAUAUGCUGAAUUUUUUUUUAACAUUGUUCACUCAGGUGUGUUUGUGCGUGCAAGAGUGUUUGCCAAAGCAUUGCAUUCAUAACGCAAUGAAAUAUUCCACUUGCAAAGAAUGAUAUGUUUCAUGUGUUUUUUGAGUGCUUUUUUUACCCAUUCCACCGCUGAAAUGCCGUCACAUUCCAACGUUUCUGCCAAACUGGCGAAGGGGUAACGCAAACGAAAAUGCGUUGAAGAUGAUGAACAGAUCAUAGCAAACGGCAAUAAAGCAUUGAGUAGGUUAGCAUCAUAAAUUGAAUAACAUAAAUCUUGAAUUUCUCCAAACGAUUGCGUGCAUCGAAUGCGACAUGGUGUUUUCGGUGGUGUGUAAUGUUCAAUGCAUGUUUCUGUUGUUGCACACAAACGAUUUUCUAGUGUUAUACACACUUAUAAACUUCCAACAACCAAUUCUAAUGCCAUUGCGAAUGGCACACAGAGUGCGGAUGGAAAUGGAGUGACAUCGGCGGCGGCGGAGGCAGUGCUUUGUGUUUUGGAAUUCCGAUGAAAAUUUUGUAAAUAUCACAACUGCAUCGUAGUGGCAUGGAUACAUACAACAGGGAAAGUGCAUUUUUAAUAAAUGGUGACAUUUAAAUCAGCACCCUGUACUAGCACGCCGUAUUCAAAAGAAAUAUGUACUUGUUCGAGUUGAGCCUCAAACUCCCAUUUGCUACCAAAAUAUUAUCAUGUUCAAUUUUCAAAUUUAAUGUUUUCAUGAUCUAUUGCUACAGUUUUCAAUUGUGUUAAAUAUCAGUUCCAGUUUGGUUCGGGUGAGUGAGAGACCAUUUCUCGGUCAAACGAAACUUGUAAAUGGAUAUUGGUUGCGAAAUAUUGCAAACAAAAAUGAACAUUGAACGAGAAACCCCAAAAAUGCAUAAAUACAUGCAAUUUUUAUGUUGUCCAAAAUCCAAAUACAAUGCUGUAAUAGCAUUGUUGUGGGAACACAUUCCGGGUUGAACACAAAUUCCGAAUUGCAUGGCACUCCUUAAAAAAUAAAUGGGACGAAAAAUAUAUUGAAAUGCAAUUUGUUGAAGCGAAGCUAACGAACGGAUCGCUCGAAUAUGAAACAAUCAUAGCAGAGAGCAUCGAAUUUGCAACAAUCAAUUCAUUAACCAGAAAAACACGAUUUGACUUUAAUGAAUAUCAAAAUUCCAAAUGAUUCUAGUUGAAAUUUUAUUGAAAAUACCAUCAACUAUCUGUCUGCUUGUCUCUUUCUCUCUCUCCCCUCUCUCUCUCUCUCUCUCUCACUCCUUCUUUCUAUCUCGCUAAAUAUAUUUAAUUGUGUGAGCGUGUUAUUUAGACGUGUAAUUUAUGAUUUUCCCAAGGUGAAAACGAGUAUGCAGUGCUUAAAAUUUGAAUAAAAUUCAAAUGCUUGUCCAAAAAUAAACAAACAAAUAAUAAUGAAAAGCAAACCAACACACACACACACAUAAAUAAUAAUGAAUAUUCAAAUUAAUUUAAAAUAGGUAAAAAAGCCAAAUGUGAAUCGCAAAUAUCUGACUCUAACUACAACCAUACAGAAUAACGGAAACCGAUAAUGUAUUUCAAUUUCGUUUGGAUUUGUUGGUCAAUUGCCCAAAUCAGAAUAACUGUCGAAAAUAUGAUGCAAAAGAAAAGGAACAAAAAAGAAGAUACUGAUUGGUUUGAACUUAUAACGAUAAAAAGGUAAAAAAAAAUUAAGGAAAAAAUUACUUAGGAAAGCAGUUUCUCACUUAUUGCCUUUAACAACUCAAAAAAUGAAGAAAAAAAAACAUGCGAUUUUAUUUUCAAUUAUUCGGCUUUCGGAUACUUUUUUUUACAAUGUAUUACCUCUUGCUAAGGAUUUUGUGGCUUCGAAACGGCUUUUUAAGAUCGCAUAUUCCUACUGGAUUUUUCUAUUUAUAAGGAACAAAACAACUUACACACCAAUUUAACCAAAGUUUCACACACAAACAUAAUUUUUUGAUUAUUAUUGGAUGAAAUUUAUAAUUUGUAAUGCAAACCAACAACCGGUAACAUAUUUGUACAAUAGUUUGUAUUUUCAAUGAGCAGCUGAUCCAAGCAACAUUUUUGCAAAUUAAUAUUAUGUAUUUCGUUUUUAAGCAAACAAACAAACAAACAAGAAAGAAACCAAUAAAUCAAACAGACAGACCAUUCGGAAGGGAUUUUUGUUUUUCGUUUUUUGAAAUGCUAUACACAUUGAAUGCACGCACAGAAAUGUGUUUGGUCAUGAUCCAUGUUAUGAAAGUUUCGUCAUCAGAUUUUUUUUUUGAUAAAUUACUCACACACAACAAAAAAUAGUUUGAACAUUUACAUCAUUGAAAAUCAUUGUGAUGCUUUUAUCAAAUGUAUUAUCGCCAUGCACCGGCUGAGGCUUGAUAGAGCGUAAGGGAGCGAUACAGUGCGAUAAUUUUCACAUAACGACCACUCUGUUUCUACAUGUCAUUUGUGUAUAACGAAAUUGCAAACAAAAAUACUAUCUAACGCGAUAUAAAUCAAUAAGUGUAAUUAAUGGAAGUGAAAAAAACAAACAUUUAAACAAGUCCAGAAAAGCGGAAAAUUAUAUUUUUUAACUUUAAUUGUAAUUAUAUAUUGAGUUUUUAUGAUUUUAAACGAUUCUUAUCUUGUUUUUACAUUUGAAUAAUCGAUAGCUGAUUUUGAUUUGGAAAUAGAAGAAACCGUUUUGCACAUUCUCAUUGCAAAUCAAACGCACUAAUGAGCUUAUCAACAUACACAUUUUCCCAUGUCGCUCAAAAUGCUCGCAAAAGUGAUCGAUGCAACCGAAGUGUGUGCAAACAAAAAUAAACAAAAACGUCGAUCUUUCCAAUAAUAAUUAUAGCUUGAAAAAGUUUUAAUUUAAUUUCACAGUGUCCUCAGUUUAGUUGACCAUAAAGAAAUGGUUCAAAUCAAAAACUUUAAUGGUUAUGAUAAAACUGAUUUUCACGGCGAUCAUAUAGAAAAACGAAGAGUCGAGCGCGUUUCGAACGAGAGAAAAAAAUGGUGAAGCAUUUAAAACGAAAAUCAAGAGAGUGGAAAAUUUGAUUAAGCAUCAUUUUAGUGUGGACGCCACUGUGGGAAAAGACAAACGAAACAUUCGAACGAGUGAGAGCGCAGAAAAAAAAACUGAACAGCAUGAACGGGGUAAAUGGUAGAAGUUCAUUGAUGUUAACCUGUAGAUUUGUGUAAGUACAAACAGGCAUCUCUUUUCAUGGACCGACAGCUUUAUGCACUCGGAGAUUUUGGGUUUUCUUGUAAACAAUGCGGCCGCUUUUUUCCUCGACUCAUAUUUCGUUCCAUACACAAACUUUGUGCAACACACAUACGGAAGGUCCUGUUGGAUGUUUUUUUUUGUUCCGGCAUUCUUUCUUUCUCGUUCCUUUGCAAAUAUGAACACACAGGGAGAUGUUGGGAGAAAAAAAACUCGGCUACCUAGUUAAACUUAAUUGAAAUUGCUGUCGAAUUUCUCGAUGAAUGUUCAAAAACCGGAUUUCCUUUUCACCGACACUGCACAUUUGUCUCCUUCAUAUGAUGGGCUUGUGCGUGGUUGGUUGGUGUUGUUGUUUCUUCUCUCCCAGUGCACAUAGCUAGUAACCAGCAUACGCAAGCUCCAUAUUUGAAACGUCGAACUUAGUAAAUAAACUCAAUAGUUCGCUAUCCAAUAUCGUUAUUCGCAAAACUUUAUCUUCGCUUUAGAGAAUUAGUUGAAGGAUGCGCUACAGUAUGCCAAAAUCGGCUCGACCUCCCCGCAUUACUAACCUUCGACAUUACCAUUGUUCAAACAGACUCUCUUUCCCUCUCUCUGUGUGUUUGCUGUGCACCAAAUUGAUGUUAAACACAAUGAUAUUUCAACCGGAAAUUGUCAAGGAAUGUUCCUCGUCGUUUUUCAUUUGAUCCAAACCGUUUCACAUCGCAUGCAUAUCAGUCAAAAAAAUGCAGUUCGUUGUGAAAAAUGAGAGAAAAAAAAUCAAACAAAUAAAGAAAAAAAAUACAAAACGAAAGUGGAUUUUAUCAAAUUUUAUCAAAAUGCAAAAACAUGAAAAAAAUAUAUCGGUAGUAUCGAUAGAAAUUUAAAUAAAAACAAAAUGCAGCGUUCAUAAGGAAUUGUAAUUGAACACCCGGAAAUCAUGUUUCGGAUCAAAUUUAAAAAGAAGAGACAAAUAAAUAAUAGGUUUUUGUCCAUUUGACAGAAAAAACAUUGAAUCGAGUUCGAAGUCGUCAUCAUCGUCGUCAAUCGAACGUUUUACUUAUUAUUUCUCUCUAUAAAUGUGUGUUUUUCUUUUGUUUUUCUUUUUUUUUAAAUUUUCUAAAUAAAUAAAAAUUUAAAAAAAAAACAGCUAAGCAAAACAUCACCAGUUAGGAAAAGAAAACCAAACAAUUACAAUUUAUCAUUAUAGAUCGAAAACUAUAGCAACAGCUAAAAAUAAAUGAAUAUUGUAUUAGGAAUAUUAAAUAAAUCAAUAAAAUCAAUAAAAUUCA